AUGGCGAACUCCGUGGCGUCCUACGACCAGCUGGUCCGUCAGGUGGAGGACCUCCGCAAGGAGAACACUCACCUGCGCCGCGAGCUGAAGGACAACUCCCACCACCUGAACAAACUGGAGAACGAGACCUCCGACAUGAAGGAGGUCCUGAGGCAGCUCCAGAAGAAGCUGGAGCAGGAAGCCUCCACCCUGGCCUCAUCAGGACGCACAGAUGUACUCGACCAGCUCAAAGAACUCCACAUGGACUUAACCCACUACUACGAGCUCAAGUACCAGCCUCACAACCUCCGCGUACUGCCCGAGUCCCUGGCCUCCAUGUCCGGGUCGGGGGAGGGGGAGGAGCGCCUGGGGGCCCUAUCCCACUCCAGCCAGAGCCAGAGCCGCGCCAGGAGCCCGCACCGGCCCUCGUCCCGCCAGAGCCUCUCCGUGGCCGGGGAGGCCACGGCCAUACACCCCCACCUCAUGGACAGCUCCAUCUCCAAGGCGGGGCUGAUGGGGGAGGGACGCGUCACCGCACAGCACCUGGAGGAGCUCUGCAAGGAGAGACACCUGCUUCUGAGUGAGAUUGAGAAGGAGGAGAGAGAGCGGCGCUGGUACUACUCUCAGCUGCAGGCGCUCUCCCAGAAGCUGGCAGAACUGCCCCGCAUCGACACAUUCUCCAUCCAGAUGGACAUGAUUCGCCAACAGCUGGAGUUCGAGGCCCAGCAGCUGCGCUCCGUCAUGGAGGAGAGGUUUGGCACCAGCGACGAAAUGGUGCAGAGAACACAGAUCCGCGUUGCCCGUCUGGAGCAGUUGGAGAAGGAGCUUCAGGAGGCCCACGAGUCCCGAGCGCCCCUGGAGAAGACUUUGAGCUGUGUGUCUAAGACUCCGGCGUCGGAGAUGGAGAACGUUUCCAGUGCACCGGGAGCUGACGGAACAGGGGAGGCCGGGAGCAAGGUGGAGAUGGUGUUCUGGCUGUUGUCCAUGCUGGCUACGCGUGACCGUGAGGAGAUGUCCCGCACCCUAUUGGCCAUGUCCAGCUCCCAGGACAGCUGCCUGGCCAUGCGCAAGUCCGGCUGCGUCCCCCUGCUGGUCCAGAUCCUGCAUGACGGCCCCGAGGGCGGCUCAGGUGGAGGUGGAAAUGUGGGCUGCAGUCGCGAGGCUCGGUCGCGGGCGAGCGCGGCGCUGCACAACAUCAUCUACUCCCAGCCAGACGAGGGCCAGGCGCGGCGCGAGAUGCGGGUGCUGCACGUGCUGGAGCAGGUCCGCUCCCACUGCGAGAGCGGCUGGGACUGGAUCGAGAGCCACGCCACCACCCCCUCGCCCGGGGGAACCAGGCACGAUGACAUCCCUGAGCCUGUGGACCCUCAGAUCUGCCAGGCGGUGUGUGCCAUGAUGAAGCUGUCGUUCGAUGAAGAGUACCGGAGAGCCAUGAACGAGCUCGGUGGUCUUCAGGUGGUGGCAGAGCUGGUCCACCUGGACCAUGAGCUGUACGGCAUGCAGAACGACCCCAUUAACAUGGCACUGAGGCGGUACGCUGGCAUGGCACUCACUAACCUCACCUUUGGAGACGUUGUCAACAAGGCCACCCUUUGUACCAAGAGGAGUUCUCUUCAGGCGAUUGUGGCUCAGAUUGCUUCAGACAGCGAGGAAUUGCAUCAGGUGGUGUCGAGCAUCUUGAGGAACCUGUCAUGGCGUGCAGACAUCAACAGCAAGAGAGCCCUGAGGGAUGCCGGGAGCGUGCCGGGACUCAUGGCCUGCGCUCUACAGGCCACCAAAGAGUCGACCCUGAAGAGCAUCCUGAGUGCCCUGUGGAACCUGUCGGCCCACAGCCAGGAGAACAAGGUGGCCAUCUGCUCUGUGGACGGCGCUCUGGGCUUCCUGGUCAGCACCCUCACCUACCGGUGCCAGACCAACUCCCUCGCCAUCAUCGAGAGCGGCGGCGGCAUCCUGCGCAACGUGUCCAGCCUCAUCGCAACCAGAGACGACUACAGGCAAGUGCUGAGGGACCACAACUGUCUGCAGACCCUCCUGCAGCACCUGCGCUCCCACAGCCUGACCAUCGUCAGCAACGCCUGCGGAACCCUCUGGAACCUCUCCGCCCGCAGCCCCAAGGACCAGGAGCUGCUGUGGGACCUGGGCGCCGUGAGCAUGCUCCGAAACCUCAUCCACUCCAAGCACAAGAUGAUCGCCAUGGGCAGCGCAGCGGCGCUCCGGAACCUGCUGGCCAACCGGCCCCUGAAGUACAAGGACACGGCCGUGAUAUCGCCGGGGUCCUGCAUGCCGUCGCUCUACAUGAGGAAGCAGAAGGCGCUGGAGGCGGAGCUGGACGCCAAACACCUGGCGGAGACGUUCGAGUCCAUGGAGAAGCAAAGUCCCAAACACCCGGCGAGCAUCAAUAAACCUCUGAGGCACAUCGAGAGCCUGGCGAAGGACUACGCCUCGGAUUCUGGCUGCUUUGACGACGACGAGGCUCCGAAUCAGUCCAGCAGCCUGGACACGGGGACCUUCUCCAUGCUAUCCAUGUUCCUGAACAACUCCAACUUCCUCCAGGGCCAGGGCCAGCCUCGCAAGAAAGACGGAGAGCCUGAGCGGGACAUUGAACUACCCAUGUCCGAUGACAAGCGGCAGGCGCCUCCCGACGACGAGGUUAACAUUGCCGCGGAAAAGCUAGCUAAGAAGAUCACCAACACGGUGGCCAAGAUUGACAGGCUGGUGGAGGACAUCACCAUGCACACGUCCUCAGAGGACAGCUUCAGCCUCAGCUCGGAGGAUCACUUUGUGGACUGGCAGUAUGGGUCCGACGAGCUCCACGAGGCCCGAGCGAAGUCCUGCUCCCCUUGCCGUCUCUCAGACACCAGCAGCCUCGCACACAGAGAGCGGCUGAACAGAGCCCAUGCCCUGCUUCGCCUCAAAACCAACCAUAGCAGCUUGUCUAAUGACAGCCUGAACAGCGGCAGCACCAGCGAUGGGUACUGCGGCAGCAAGGACCAGGUCUGCACUCCAGCCAAGCCUCAAAUGCAACGGAGGCCAGACCGGCUCGAACUCAAGGUGGCCCACCAUGACAUCAUCAGUAACAUGGUACAAGGCUCGACGGAGAUCAACAAAAAUGAGAUACCAGAGCGAGACUCUGAAGGGAACCGAGAGGUCAAGACAUCAGAGCUAAGCAGCACAGAGACAGAGAAAGCUGAAGAGCCUAACGCAUUGACUCCAGCAACGACCUCCACCAAGGUGUCGUCUGACGUCAGUAUGCCCACGAUUAAGCUAUCCCCAUCUUACCAACAGAUUCCGCUCAUACAAAGUGUUACCAAGUUUGGGGUUGCCAAAAACACCAUCAAUGUUCAGGCAGCUCAAGCUAUGAGACGCCAGGCCUGGGUGCCAACAGUGAUGACAGGAGGGAGCAUGACCAAGUUCUCUCCGAUAGUAGCUGCCAGGAGCCCGACCCUGGGGCAAAUGGAGACUGUACAGAAAUACUCUGUGGAGAACACUCCCAUUUGUUUUUCACGAUGCAGCUCCCUCUCGUCGCUGUCCUCUGGCGACGGUGCGCUGGACGGGCAGAGUCAGAGUGAGAACGAGCUGGAGAGCGACUCAUCACUGGAAAUCAUCGAGGUGGAGGAUGACGAGGAGGAAGAGCUGGGGAAGAUGGUUGAAGAGGACGAGACGCUCCAGGACCUGAGUGACAGCCAGAUGUUGAUCACCGACCAGAAAACCAGCGCUAGCAUUAGCAGCAUCCCCUCAGACCCCAUUGAAAUCCCCAAGCACCGCGAAAAGAUCUUCCUCAGGGAGGUCGCCUCGGCCAUCCUUGAGGACCAAACUCCAUCGAGCUCCUCUGACAACUACAUCCACGAGACGCCCCUUGUCAUGAGUCGCUGUAGCUCUGUGAGUUCUCUUGGCAGCUUUGAGUCCCCCUCCAUCGCCAGCUCCAUACAGAGCGACCCCUGCAGCGAGAUGAUCAGUGGCACUGUGAGCCCAAGUGACCUUCCCGACAGUCCUGGGCAGACCAUGCCUCCCAGUCGCAGCAAGACGCCCUGCUGCGCCGAGACGGGUGCCACGGAGGCCCAGAACAUGGGCAUGGGAAACCAGUGGGAGAGCAGCCUGAGGAAAUUCAUGGAGAUUGCGGACUUCAAAGAAAGGUUCAACCUACCUCCAGACUUGGACACUAUGAUUUAUUUCACUGUAGAGAAACCGACGGAGAACUUUUCUUGUGCUUCCAGCCUGAGCGCUCUACCUCUUCACGAGCAUUACAUACAGAAGGACGUGGAGCUCAAACUAACCCCUCUCCUUCAGCAACAAGACAAUAAUCCAAACAACCACCAUGGCCAAAGAGAUGAAAUGCAUGAUCGAGGUGGUCUCGACCAUGCUGAGAGGUAUAGUGAAGGAAACUCGGAUGACGACAUCGAGAUUCUGAAAGAGUGCAUCAACUCUGCAAUGCCGUCCAGAUUUAGAAAAGUUAGACCCUUGAUGUCCACUCUUUCCAACCAAAUGCUCAAUUCUCAGACUCGAGGACGAUCCAUUCAGCUCCCUGUAUACAUGGUGGUGCCCAACUCCAAUCAGAUGUGUGCUAUGAGAAAGCCUGGGAUGACGGAAAGGGAUAUCUAUCACGAUGAUUCAUCUUACACAGAUUCAGCAGAGGGCACGGCCAUUAACUUCUCCAGCACCACGUCCUUGAGUGACGAGACCCUUCAAUACCCUACUAAGGCAAGGACAGCAAAGGAUUGGCGAGCUCGAAAUAUGGAGAAGCGAGAACUCAUCGAUCAGGAAGCAAAGCGAAUAGAAGAACUGAGAGUAUUUUCACGCUUCCACAAACAAGCAAACAAGGGACCCUGUCAACCAGAGAUGAUGGGUGGUCAGACGAACAGGACGAGGCACGCCGUCCCCACCCAGAAAUUGCUCAUGCAAAGCAAAGAAGUGGCAGCUAGAGCCACACAGCAGAAAGGCAGCAGAGCUCAGUCGCCAGCCCCCAAUGUCCACUUCCAAAGCCAGGCACACCUGUCCAGAAGCAUGCCGCAACUCGAUCUGCCCAUUAGAAUGCAAAGGGCCGAGAUGUAUCAGAGCCAGAAGUCUCUGUAUGGAGAGAAUGCUCAGGAAAAUAUGGCGUUCCAGUCCAUGCGACACCCCACACCAACAGAGGAGGCCAUCUAUUGUUUUUACGAAGAUCAGCUGGACAAGGAAGAAGCAAAGAUGACACAAACUGGGCGGAAACAAAUGAAUGAUACAAACAACAGGAACACCAUAAACCGUGGAAGUGUAACGGCGAAACGUGAAGAUAGCCCACAGACAAGGCCGAAGGGCUUCCAGAGGAUCAAGCAGAAUCUGAUCAUGAAUGAGGCACCGCCAUGCUACUCCCUUAGUUCAUCCCUGAGUUCCCUGAGUGACGCAGACUUCGACGAACACAAAGGGAAAAAGCAAAUCUGGAUCAAAAGCAGGCAUGGAGUGGCACCAAAUACAGCCUCAAACACUAAUAAGAUGUCACACGCCCAGUAUGACGACAACAGUUCACCCAGUUCAAUCAGCAUGGACUCUGAGGAUGACCUCUUGCUGAAGUGCAUCACAUCUGCCAUGCCCAAACAGAGAAAGAGGCAGCCAGGCAGAAAGAAAAAGUCAGACAGGAAGCAGAAACAGAAAAACAGUCAGCAGAAAGCAGCUUCCAGUGACCGCAAACCUGAGAAGCAGCUGGAGAGCGACGACAUGUUGUCUGAUAAAGACUCUGAUCUCAACAGCGUGGAAUGGAGAGCCAUUCAAGAGGGCGCUAAUGAUAUCGUCACAAAACUGCAGGCCUCAAAAUCAGAGUCCUCAGAGUCCGAGUCAGUGCUUUCAUUCAUGUCCAGCGUCUCGAUGGGGUCGAGCUUUACUCCAGACAAGAAGAACAACAAAGACAACAAGAAUACAAAGAAACUGGCCGAGGGUAGGAACCAAGGGACCCCACUUGAUUUCACUCAACGCAAGCCCGUAUCUAACUUGCCUGUUGUCUUCAGAGGCCGCACAGUGACUUACACCCCCAAAAAGGAGACGCCCCCGUCACAACGUCCAGAUCCAAUAAAGUUGUCGCCCAAAGCAGACAAGCCAGUAAAGAAUCCCGACCUGGCCCAGCAUAGGUCCCGCAGUCUGCACAGACUCGGGUGGCCUAGUGACUCCACAGAGUUUUCUCUGCCCAAGAGAAGCUCGACUCCACCUGCAAGGAUACCAAAGAGCUCCUCCUCCUCCUCACAGAGCUCUAGCGCAUCAAGGCAGACCCUGAGAAAGGCCCCAUCUCCCACACAGACCAUCAAGCCCAUGCCCAAAAAGGACAAAACACCAGCAUGUAGUCCACCUGGAAAGAAGGGAAACACAUCGCCACCGAAUCAGCCUGCCAAACCCGCAGUCAACAGCAAAACUCACAAGUCUCCUGUCCGCAUUCCGUUCAUGCAGCAGACUCAGUCAAAGCAGCAACAAAGCAGGACAAUCUCUCCGCUGGUGACCAGUCAGCCUACUCCCGUAGUAAGCAGGCAGAACAGUGUGAUGUCGGGAAAGAGAGUCUCACCAUCCAACCGCUUCGAAUUAGUGCGCAUGGCCUCCUCCCAUUCUGCCCCAGGCCAGACAGACAGGAACGGCUUCCUGCGACAGUUGACGUUCAUCAAGGAGUCACCCAGUGUCUUAAGGCGGGACGGAUCUUCCCGCUCUGUGCCCACGUCCCAGCAUGCAUCACCCCGCCGAGCGUCCACCGUUUUCCUCUGCUCAUCUCGCUGCCAGGAACUGAAGCCGGUGAUACAGGGGCCGAGACGAGGGCUCGGCCGGGGACCAGGGCAGCGAGCCAUACCUGAACAGGGCCUCCUGAGGCAGAGCAGUGCGCUGGCAAGGACCACAUCCACCGAGCGAGACUUUGAGGUGAAGCGACCGGCCAGGAGAACCAGCUCAGAGAGCCCCUGCAGGAUUCCCAGAAGGAACGUUAUGGCCACCCCAAAGCGCGAGCGCGACACUGUCAAACGUGAGCGCGAGACAUUCAAGCGUCACGCCUCCUCACCCAGCAUCAACAUCCUAAGCCGUGUCACAAGCCGCACUUCCCUGCGAUCCUCCUCCUCUGACUCAAGUGCCCGUGCGAAGAGUGACGAGGACACCAAGAAGAAGUCUCAGAAAGCGGGGAUGCGUGGCGGCGGACAGGACAGGACCACCUGGAGAAGGAUCCGUGAUGAAGACGUGCCUCAGAUCCUGAAGAACACUCUACCGGCCACGGCACUGCCCCUGCUGCCCUCGCCCGAGGGACAGAGACCGAUGCCACCUCCACUGCCAAGCAAACUGCCAACCAUCAUUCUCAAGUCAAGAAAGACCAGCGAUGCCAUCGUCCAAACCGAAGAUUUGUCUACCACCAGCAAGACAAACUCAACCUCAACCUCAACCUCCCCAACCAUCGAAAACAACCCAGCUACAAUGUCUGAGGACGCUUCCAAGCUUAUGCUGCUGAGGAAGUUCAGCGCUGCCUCUGGGAGCAAUCACCAUGGUGACGGUGGUGACUCGGACGGAUCUGUAAGGAGCCACAGCACAGCUUCAUCCAUCAACUUCUCAGAGGGACACAGCAGUGGUGGUGGUGGUGGUGGUGGAGGCGUUGGCCACUUCCGCCACAGCUCCCCCAGCAAAGCUGUCCGAGUCACCCCGUUCAACUAUAUCCCCAGCCCCAUGGUCUGCGCUCAGCAAGACAUGCAAUGCCAAGCCUCAUCGCCAUUCAACGAGAAGCCAGUUGAAAAAGUCGAGGCGUAA